AUGCAUUUCCCUGUGAUUCUGUUUUGUGCUCUCUGGUCUGCAGUGUCGGCCGAGAACUCGGAUGAAUAUGAGCUCAUGUAUGUGAAUCUGGACAAUGAAAUAGACAAUGGACUCCAUCCCACUGAGGACCCUACGCCGUGCGACUGCAGUCGGGAGAACUCCGAGUGGGACAAGCUUUUCAUCAUGCUGGAGAACUCGCAGAUGCGGGAGGGCAUGCUGCUGCAGGCCACCGACGACGUCCUCCGGGGUGAGCUGCAGAAGCUGCGGGUCGAGCUGGGCCGGCUGGCGGGCAGCCUGGCGAGGCUGUGCACGCCGGUGGCCCCCGCCGAGGCCAGGCUGGCCCGGGCGCUGGAUGAGCUGCUGCAGGCGAGCCGCGACGCGAGCCGCAGGCUGGCGCGCCUGGAGGAAGCCGGGGCGCUGCAGCCGCAGGAGGAGGCGGGGCGGGCCCUUGGCGCAGUGCUCGAGGAGCUGCGGCAGACGCAGGCCGACCUCCGCGCUGUGCAGGGCUGGGCGGCAGGACGCUGGCUGCCAGCAGGUUGUGAAACAGCGAUUUUAUUCCCCAUGCGUUCCAAGAAGAUUUUUGCAAGUGUGCAUCCAGCAACACCAAUGAAACUUGAGGCUUUCAGUGCCUGCAUUUGGGUCAAAGCCACAGAUGUGUUAAACAAAACUGUCCUGUUUUCCUAUGGCACAAAGAGGAAUCCGUAUGAGAUCCAGCUGUACCUCAGCUAUCAGUCCAUCGUGCUUGUGGUGGGUGGAGAGGAAAACAGACUGGUCACCGAUACUGUGAUUUCCCUGGGAACGUGGACCCAUCUGUGCAGCACCUGGAAUUCAGAGAAAGGGCACGUGGCCUUGUGGGUAAAUGGUGACCUGGUGGCCGCCACUGUAGACAUGGCCACGGGUCACGUUGUUCCCGAAGGAGGAAUCCUGCAGGUUGGCCAAGAAAAGAACGGCUGCUGUGUGGGUGGUGGCUUUGAUGAGACAUUAGCCUUUUCUGGCAGACUCACGGGCUUCAACAUCUGGGAUCAUGUUCUCAGCAAUGAAGACAUAAGAAAGACCGGAGGAGCAGAGUCCUGUCACAUCCGGGGCAAUGUGGUUGGGUGGGCAGUCACGGAGAUUCAGCCCCACGGAGGAGCGCAGUACGUUUCUUAA